CGGGGGGCUGAGACACGGAACACACCAGCAGACACUUCAUUCCUCUGCAAACUCAUUUAUUUGUGUACGUAAUAACGCAUUUAGCGUCUUAACAGCGUCUGCGUCGCCUGCGGGACUUCAGCUCUCGUGUCGUUGCGCGCGCUCGGACCUACUUCCCCGCGCGGAGGAGUCCGUCCCGCAGCUCGAGACAGAGACUGAGAGAAGGUGAGAGACAGAUAGAAACACACAGAGAGAGAGAGAGAGAGAGAGAGAGAGAGCGAGCGAGACUCGAUCUUACGGGCCCGAGCGCAGUCAGUCACACAACUCUUCAUCUUCCUCGUCACCGGUUUGUCCGGCUCGCGGCGGUGGAAAAUGGCGCAGAUUCUGCCCAUCCGCUUCCAGGAGCAUCUGCAGCUGCAGACGCUGGGAGUGAAUCCCGCCAGCAUCAGCUUCAGCUGUCUGACGAUGGAGUCGGACCGCUUCAUCUGCAUCAGAGAGAAAGUGGGUGAGCAGAACCAGGUGGUCAUCAUCGACCUGAGCGACCCCACCAACCCCAUCCGCCGGCCAAUCACAGCGGACAGCGCCAUCAUGAACCCGGCCAGCAAAGUCAUCGCGCUGAAAGCCGGACGCACGCUACAGAUCUUCAAUAUCGAGAUGAAGAGUAAAGUGAAAUCUCACAGUAUGACGGAGGACGUACUCUUCUGGAAAUGGAUCUCUGUUAACACCAUGGCUUUGGUUACGGACACGACCGUUUUGCAUUGGAGCAUGGAGGGAGACUCUCAGCCAAUCAAAAUGUUUGAUCGUCACGCCAGCCUCGCAGGAUGUCAGAUUAUCAACUACAGAACAGACGACCAGCAGAAAUGGCUUCUGCUCAUCGGUAUAUCAGCUCAGCAAAACCGUGUGGUAGGCGGCAUGCAGUUGUUCUCUGUGGAGCGUAAAGUGUCUCAGCCUCUCGAGGGUCACGCGGCGGCGUUUGGACUCUAUAAACUGGAGGGAAACCCAAAUGCGUCGACUCUCUUCUGCUUUGCCGUCCGGGGUCCCGCUGGUGGAAAGCUGCACAUCAUCGAGGUUGGUCAACCUCAGGCAGGUAACCAGCCCUUCGCUAAGAAAGCAGUGGACGUGUUCUUUCCUCCUGAAGCACAGACAGAUUUUCCUGUGGCCAUGCAGGUCGGUCCUAAGCACGCUGUGAUCUACCUCAUCACCAAGUAUGGUUAUCUCCACAUGUAUGAUCUGGAGUCAGGCGUGUGUAUAUACAUGAAUCGCAUCAGUGGUGAAACCAUAUUUGUCACGGCCGCUCACGACAGCACGUCUGGAAUCAUUGGGGUCAAUAAGAAGGGUCAGGUUUUGUCGGUGUGUGUCGAAGAGGAGAACAUUGUGAACUAUGUGACCCGCGUGCUUCAGAAUCCCGAGCUGGCUUUGCGGAUGGCGUUACGCAGUGAUCUGUCUGGAGCUGAGGAGCUCCUCAUACACAAGUUCAACACUCUCUUCUCUCAGGGCGACUACACUGAGGCAGCUCGAGUCGCUGCGUCAGCUCCCAGGGGGAUCCUACGUACCGCAGAGACCAUCCGCAGGUUCCAGUCGGCGCCGGCUCAGGGUGGCAAGGCAUCUCCGCUGCUGCAGUAUUUCGGGGUUCUGUUGGACCGCGGGCAGCUGAAUAAACUGGAAUCGCUGGAGCUCUGCCGGCCAGUGGUGGAACAGGGCAAAACCCAGCUGUUGGAGAAAUGGCUGAAGGGAGAGAAGCUGGAGUGUUCAGAGGAGUUGGGUGAUUCGGUGAAGACCGCCGACGUCACUCUGGCGCUCAGCGUUUAUCUGCGAGCAAACGUUCCUGGUAAAGUCAUUCAGUGCUUUGCAGAAACAGGAGAGUUUAAGAAGAUCAUUCUUUACGUUAAAAAGGUGGGAUAUUCUCCGGAUUGGGUGAUGUUGCUGAGGGGCGUCAUGAGAGCUGCUCCUGAUCAGGGUCUUCAGUUCGCAAAGAUGCUUGUUCAGGAUAAAGAGCCGCUGGUCGCUGUCAGCCAGGUGGUGGACGUGUUCAUGGAGGGGAAUCUAGUACAACAGUGUAGUUCGUUCUUAUUGGACGCUCUGAAGAGCAACAGGCCGGAGGAGGGGCCUCUACAGACACGCCUGCUGGAGAUGAACCUCCUUCACGCCCCUCAGGUAGCUGAUGCCAUUCUGGAAAACAAGAUGUUCACACACUACGAUCGAGCACACAUCGCUCAACUGUGUGAGAGCGCUGGUUUACUACAGAGAGCACUGGAACACUACAGCGACCCGCAAGACAUCAAACGAGUCAUCGUACACACACACCUGCUCAACCCUGAGUGGUUGGUGAAUUUCUUCGGCUCUCUGUCUGUGGGCGACUCUGUUGAGUGUUUAAGGGCGAUGUUGGCGUCAAACCUAAGACAGAAUCUGCAGCACUGUGUUCAGAUUGCGAGCAGGUAUCACGAGCAGCUGGGAACUCAGACGCUGGUGGAGCUUUUUGAGUCCUUCAAGAGUAAUGAAGGUCUGUUUUAUUUUCUGGGCUCCAUCGUGAACUUCAGUCAAGAUCCUGAUGUUCAUCUGAAGUACAUUCAGGCUGCGUGCAGGACCGGUCAGAUAAAGGAAGUGGAGCGGAUCUGUAGAGAGAGCAGCUGCUAUAACGCUGAACCCGUCAAGAACUUUCUCAAGGAAGCCAAACUGACGGACCAGCUGCCUCUCAUCAUCGUGUGCGAUCGCUUUCAUUUCGUCCACGAUCUGGUGUUGUACCUGUACCGCAGCAAUCUGCAGAAAUACAUCGAGAUCUACGUUCAGAAGGUAAAUCCCAGUCGUCUGCCGGUGGUGGUUGGUGGUUUGUUGGAUGUGGAUUGCUCAGAAGACACCAUUAAGAGUUUGAUUGAGGCGGUACGUGGAGAUUUCAGCACCGAUCAGCUCGUGGAAGAGGUUGAGAAACGAAACAGACUGAAGCUGCUCUUGUCCUGGCUGGAAUCCCGCGUGCAGAACGGAUGUGAAGAACCGGCUACCCAUAAUGCCUUAGCAAAGAUCUACAUCGACACUAACAACAGUCCGGAGCGCUUUCUCAGAGAGAACCGUCACUACGACAGCAUCACGGUGGGACGUUACUGCGAGAAGAGAGAUCCUCAUCUGGCCUUCGUGGCCUAUGAGAGAGGCCAGUGUGACCUGGAGCUCAUACAGGUCUGCAAUGAAAACUCUCUGUUUAAAAGUGAAUCGCGGUAUCUGGUGAGACGAAAGGAUCCAGAUCUGUGGGCCCGAGUUUUACAGGAGACCAACCCUUACAGACGACCUCUGAUAGACCAGGUGGUACAGACGGCUCUACCCGAGACGCAGGAUGCAGAGGAAGUAUCUGUGACGGUGAAAGUGUUUAUGACAGCUGAUCUGCCCAAUGAACUUGUAGAACUUCUAGAAAAAAUUGUGCUGGACAACUCCAUAUUCAGUGAACACAGAAACCUCCAGAAUCUGCUGAUAUUGACAGCCAUUAAAGCGGACCGCAAACGGGUCAUGGAGUACAUCAACCGUCUGGACAAUUAUGACGCCCCUGACAUCGCCAACAUCGCCAUAAGCAACGAACUGUACGAAGAAGCCUUCUCCAUCUUUAAGAAGUUUGAAGUCAACACCUCCGCCAUACAGGUUCUGAUCGAGCACAUUGAGAAUCUGGAACGUGCGUAUGAGUUUGCCGAGCGCUGCGGAGACGGGGCGGUGUGGAGUCGUCUCGCUCAGGCUCAGCUUCACAGAGGUCUGGUGAAAGAAGCCAUCGACUCUUACAUCAAAGCAGGAGAUGCGUCUGCGUACAUGGAGGUGAUCGACGCUGCCGGUAGAAACGGCAACUGGGAGGAUCUGGUGAACUUUCUUCAAAUGGCCAGAAAGAAAGCGAGAGAGACUUAUUUAGACACCGAGCUCAUCUUCGCUCUGGCCAAAACAAAGCGUCUCACAGAACUGGAAGAUUUCAUCAACGGACCCAAUAAUGCUCACAUACUACAAGUUGGUGAGAGAUGUUAUGAAGAGAAGAUGUUUGAAGCGGCCCGGCUGCUCUUUAAUAACGUGUCUAAUUUUGCUCGUCUGGCCUCCACGCUGGUUCACCUCGGCGAGUUUCAGGCGGCCGUGGACAGCGCACGUAAGGCCAGCUGCACACGCACGUGGAAAGAGGUGUGUUUUGCGUGUGUAGAUGGAGAGGACUUCAGGUUGGCGCAGGUCUCCGGUCUCCACAUAGUGACUCACGCUGAUGAACUGGAAGAACUGAUCAGCUACUAUCAGGAUCGUGGGUAUUUUGAGGAUCUGAUGUUGUUGUUGGAGGCUGCGCUAGGACUGGAGCGCGCUCACAUGGGCAUGUUCACGGAGCUGGCGAUCCUCUACUCCAAACACAAACCUCAGAGGAUGAGAGAACAUCUGGAUCUCUUCUGGUCCAGAGUCAACAUCCCAAAGGUGUUACGAGCGGCGGAACAGGCCCAUCUGUGGGCGGAGCUUGUGUUUCUGCAUGAUAAAUAUGAAGAGUAUGACAACGCUGUUGUGAUGAUGAUGAGUCACCCUACAGAUGCCUGGAGAGACGCCACAUUUAAAGAGCUCAUCGUCAAGGUGGCAAAUGUGGAACUUUAUUAUAAAUCUCUAACAUUUUAUUUGGAUUUUAAACCCCUUCUGCUCAACGAUCUACUGUCUGUUCUGACACCUCGACUGGACCACACCAGAACCGUCAGCGUCUUCAGCAGGGUGAAUCAGUUGCGGUUGGUUAAACAGUAUCUGAGAUCAGUGCAGAACCACAAUAACAGAACUGUGAAUGAAGCGCUCAACAACCUGCUGACAGAUGAAGAGGACUAUCGGGGUCUGCGAGCCUCUCUAGACGUGUAUGAUAAUGUUGACAGUAUUGCUUUAGCUCAGCGUCUGGAGUCACAUGAUCUGCUGGAGUUCAGACGCAUCGCUGCAUAUCUCUACAAGAGAAGCCAGCGCUGGACUCAAAGCAUUCAGCUCUGCAAGAGAGACAAACUCUAUAAGGAUGCCAUGCGGUACGCUGCUGAGUCACAGGACGGCGCUCUGGCUCAGGAUCUCUUGCGCUGGUUUGUGGAGGGGAAGCGGGAGUGUUUCGCCGCUUGCCUCUUCACCUGUUAUGAUCUUCUGGCUCCUGAUGUUGUUCUGGAGCUGGCCUGGAGACACGGCCUCGUAGACUUCACUAUGCCUUACUUCAUUCAGAAGAUGAGAGAGUACCUGAGGAAGGUGGAUGAGUUAGCCAGACAGGUGAAGGUGGAUGAACUUCAGCAAGAAGAAACCAAGAGAGUCUCAGAUGAUGAUGACCUCCCUGAAGCCACGUCCGUAGUGUUGGGGCACCAGUCAAUGUUGACCAGCAAUCAAUCACCCGUCGCACCUCAGUCGGGUUUCCCGGGUUACGGAUACUCUGCUCCUGGAUUUGUUCCUCCAGCGUACGGCUUCAACCUUCAGCCUUGAUGUGCCCACAGCGAACCUGCUUGGAAUUCUGGGAAAUAUGUGCCUGCGGAUGCUCGGCUGCUGCAUUUAGAGCUCCUGAUAAAUGUUGUUUACCUGCAGUCAAACAAACAUGCAGCUUUCAAUCCGACAUCUUCAUCUCAAUAUGUUUUCUCACCACAUGAGCACUGAACUUACAAGAGAACAAGAGAAGAGAGAGACACUAAACCACACUCACUGUGCUGGAAAUGCUCACACACACGGACACUACUGAGAGUUACUAUGAACACAAACACACAACACACUGUCUGUUUAUCACUUCUCACCCAUCUUUCAUUGUUUUAUUCUGGAGUUUAUUUGUCUUUUGUUUACAUUUAAAGCGGCACUACUGUACAUUUCAGUGGUACAAAAUGAGCGGCAUGAGAACGCCGUGACAUCACAUAUGCAUGCUGAGAUUUCAGCGAUGAGCUCGAACAAACGUGUGUCUGCCUCCAUCGCUCGUAUAUCAAGCUUUGAAGUUGACGUGAAAGCCAUGAAAGACGCCAAAGGCAUGAAGCAAACGUUUGAUAUGUUACCUGCGCAUGAUCUUCUGUAAGCCAUAAGCACUGUCUGGAAACAUGUCCAGGAUUUUUUUAGGAAAAAAAAGAUUAGCAAAGCACAAAAAAGUGAGAUAGUGUGAAAUGCUGAGAAACGCAGUCAGACUGUUGUGAGUUUAACAAGAAAAUCUGUGUUGUGACAAAAACACAGAAGAAUAAAGUUUACACGCAUUAAACAUGCUGUUACACACA